AUGGAGGACGAAAAGGGAGGCCAAGUAAUUUCCCGGCCGGAGAAGGCUCCAGGAGAAGGCUCAAAUUCAGGAACAAGCGGUUCUGUGGCAGCCACGAGCUAUCCUACGCCCACACCACCGCCGACGCCCAUUCCUCCUACUGUGAUAACAUUCAAAGACUGCCCGAAGCAAAGCCCGUACAAUUGGCCGCUCUCGAAGAAACUCUAUGUCGUCUUCUUUACGCUCCUAUCGGUGAUGAAUAGCGGCAUCUCCUCCUCGCUCCCAAGCAAUGCUGUUCCGUACAUCAUGGAGGACUUCAACAUGAAGGACAACGGGCAGGGUAGUCUCCCCACUGGGAUGUUCUUGGUAGGGUAUGUAGUCGGGCCUUUGAUAUGGAGUCCGUUAAGCGAAACUAUCGGACGACGCCCGGUCCUCCUCUACACCUUUAUUGGGUUCUUCGUCUUUACGCUCGCGUGCGCACUGGCUCCUGGGUGGUCGACCCUGGUCUUCUUUCGCUUUGUCUGCGGCUGCAUGGCUGCUUCUCCGCAGACUGUCAUCGGGGGUGCGUACGCGGAUAUCUUCGAGGCUAGACCGAGGGGGAGAGCAAUGACUUUUUACAUGGCCGCUGCGAGCUUCGGGCCUGUUUUGGGUCCUAUCAUCUCCGGAUUCGCGUCUGAACAUGGCUGGAGGUGGACAUUCUGGGCUGACCUGAUACUCGCCGGUGUCACACUUGCUGGGCUGGUUUUCCUACCAGAAUCAUUCGGCCCAGUGAUACUCAAGCGCCACGCCGCAGAGCUGAGCAAGAUGUCUGGAACCGAGAUAACCGCCCCCGUAUCGAAAGUCGAUACAAACCUCGCAACGAUCUUCCUACGACCGCUGUACAUGCUCAUAUUUGAACCGAUUAUCCUCUUCACCUCGAUCUACGUCGGCGUCGUCUACGCCCUGGUCUUCUUCUUCUUCCAGGCCUACCCAAUUAUCUUCCCAGAGGUAUACGGCUUCAGCAUCAAAAUGACCUCGCUCGCCUUUCUUCCACUCGGAAUCGGCGCCGCAUCCACAGCCCUAGUCGCCAUAUCCUGGGACCUAAAAUACGAAUCUGCCAAAUCGCGCAACAAGACCUGGUUCCUCCCCUUCAGCCCGGAACUGCACCGCCUCCCCGUCUCCUGCAUCGGCGGGCUCGCAAUCGCCAUCUCGCUCUUCUGGCUCGCCUGGACCGCAACACCCACCAUCCACUGGAUCGCGCCCGUCAUGGCGGGCCUGCUCUUCGGCUUCGGAUACCAGUCCAUCUUCACCUCGUUGCUGGUGUACGUCACGGAUGCGUAUAACAUCUACAGCGCGAGUGCGCUGGCCAGUUCGGUGAUUCUGCGGAGUAUGCUGGGUGCGGCGCUUCCGGUGGCUGCGAAGCCGAUGUAUAGGGAUUUGGGGGUGGGGUGGGCGACGACGGUGGUGGGGUUUGUGAGUGUGGCGUGUUUACCGAUUCCGUAUGUGUUGCUUUGGAAGGGGAGGUGGGUUCGUGAACGGAGUCGGUUUUGUCAGAUGUUGGUUAAGGAGGGGGUUGGUGAUGGGGUUGGGUCUGGAGGGGGGGUGCAGGAUAGGACUGGGGAGGAGUAG